AUGUCCAUUUCGCUCCGCCGCUUGCCGCCACCCUUCCUAUCCCUCCCAGACGACGCAUCACUGGCGGACGGCGAUCCCUUGCGCCGAGAAGAAGACCCCGUGCUCUUCGAACCCCCACUCUUCGCCUCCCCACCCUUUGAACCCCCGCUCUUCGAUUUCGAACUCCUCGACUUGGACGACCGAGACGACCCCGAGGAUUUCGACCGCGACGAUUUCGAUCUACUCUUCGAUCGCGAGCGCGAGGAUUUCGACCGAGACCGGGAAGAUUUCGAUUUCGAUCUUGACGAGCCGCUCGAUCGACUACUACCCACCGACCUGGACCGGCUACUGCUCGAUCGCGAUCGAGAGCGCUUCCUCCUGCUACUCCUGUCGCCUCCCCUCUUCUCACUUCUCCCCUUCCUCCGCACACCACUGUCGCUAUCACUGGAAUCCUUUCCCCCUUUCCGCCCUCCUCUUACCUCGUCUCUUCCCUCUGCAUCCUUCUCCCUCCCGCCGCGCCUCCUGCCCUCCUCCUCCCUCUCCUCACUGCUGCCCCCAUCCCUAGCCUUGUCCUGCAGCAACGCCCACAAGAACAAAGAAAGCCAAUUGGAAAAAAACAAUGUUGGUGCUGUGAUUCUUCAAGAAUUGCCUUAA